CUGGUGGCUCGGUAAAAAAAAAGAAAAAGUAAAAAAAAAAGUUGUGGACUGGCGCACACUCGCUUGAAAGGGAAAGGAGCGGUGCAAGGCAUUAGCUUUGCACUUAAUGAAACAGUGGGUAUUCACAAACUUUUCCGAGUUUUCUAAGGUUUGGCUUUCCCUACAAGUCACAAUGCUGGAAUACAGUUGGUAUGGGCAGGUCCAGACCCACUUGGACAAUCCAUCUAGGUAUCACGUUCAGCAAACUCAGAGGCAUCAAGUGAAGCAGUACCUAACGCUGGAUGCGAAGCUGUCUAGCCAAAGCCUGUCAUCUCAUUCCCAUUCAAUCCAUUCUUCAGCAGCUAUGCCCAUAUUAAGGAGUGGGCAUAUGCCUCCGACCAACAUCAGCACUCCUGGGAGUCCAGUGACCAAGUUAUUAAGUCUUGGAGGAGAACAAGAAAAUGCGAUGGAGGACGUUAUCGAUGACAUAAUCAACAUGGAAUCUAGUUUUAAGGAUGAAGGGAUAGGUUGCUCUGAAACACCGCUUCUCUUGCAAAGCACUCUUUCAAGUAGCAUUUUGGAUAUAUACAACAGUGACCAAGGAAUGCCAGCUGCUAAUAUGGGCCUCACGAAUGCAUCCUGCCCAUCUAAUUUGCCUGUUAAAAGGGAAAUCACAGAAACAGAUACUCGAGCAAUGGCAAAGGAGAGGCAAAAAAAGGAUAACCAUAAUCUCAUUGAAAGAAGAAGACGGUACAACAUUAAUUACCGGAUCAAGGAGCUUGGUACACUUAUCCCAAAGUCUAAUGAUCCUGAUAUGCGCUGGAACAAAGGAACUAUUUUAAAAGCAUCGGUGGAGUAUAUCAAGUGGUUACAAAAAGAACAACAAAGAGGCAGAGAAUUAGAGCAUAGACAGAAGAAAUUAGAACAGGCCAAUAGGAGGCUUUUGCUUCGAAUUCAGGAACUAGAAAUACAAGCACGAGCUCAUGGCCUGCCAAUCAUGCCUACAAUCAGCACGGUGGACUUAGCAUCCCAUGUCAUGAAACAGCAGGUCUAUCAAGAAGAGAAUUCAGUAGACUAUUCUCAACAUCUUGCUGUGGUCCACGAGCAACACGCUGACCUUGGUGAUGCCUCUGCAGCCUUUUCGGAUCCACUCUCGCACUUUACAGAUUUGUCUUUCAGUGCCGCUUUGAAAGAGCAGAGGUUGGAUGACAUAUUACUGGACGAUACAAUAUCACCAUUUGGGACAGAUCCACUCUUAUCCUCUGUGUCUCCUGCUGUGUCCAAAGGUAGCAGCAGAAGAAGUAGCUUCAGUUCAGAUGAUGGAGAUGAUGUAUAGCACGGAAAAGACGGCAUAGUUUGGGUGCUGCUGCUUUGUUUUGUUUUGACUUCGUUGGUGCUAAGAAAAUUAUGAAACGUAUUUAUGUUGUUGCUCAGCUCAACUGGAAAAAGAAAGGAGUCAGCUGUUGUUGAGAGAACCUCCCUGGGAAUAUAUAGUUUAGGUGUGUGCAUACAACACAGAUGAGCAAUAGAGUGAAAUGCAGUGCUAUUUUUAUAGAAAAAGAGGUUCCGGAAGUCACCUCCCUUGUUCUCUUAGAAUGGCACCUGAGACAUGCCAGAACCCACCUGAGAGGUGCGAGAAUUGAGUUCCUGUGAGUUCCCCCUGAAACAAAGCUCUGGUGAAAAGCAUAUCUUUGGUUGGAAGUGAUCACAGUAACACGGAUAUUUCACAGCUGACACUUUGCAAUGGAUAAGAUCUAGACUUAGUCAUGCCACUGAAAUUUGUAGGAAUCCAUUAAGUUAAGACUAACUUCAGUUUUAUUGAUUUCAAUGGAUCUGCUCUCAGUGUGACCCAGUCUGGAUCCAAUCCACUGAUUCAUAUUUAUUUACUAAUAAUGCUGCAGGUGUGUUUCCUUGCAAUUUAUACACCAAUAUUGUACCCAGUGCUUUUUUCUAGACAAACAGGUGCCGGUAUUCACCAGGAAGUUGUUACAGUAAGUGCCACACUUUUUAACAACAACAAAAAGAGGUGCCUGUACUGCAAACCUUUGAAUACCCCCUGGGAAAAAAGCACUGGUUGUAUCCCAAAAAACCAGUGAACUACUGUCGGGGCUGUGUUGGGCCCAAGGGCAGCCAUACAUGACUCAAGAUUUGGAGAUGGGUAUACCAAUUUGGGAGCCUGAAGUAAGAGAUGGUGAAGCCACAAUCUGAAGUACAGCAAGCAGAUGGUACUGUUCUGUUGACCAAUCAAAGGCAAAAAGCUAGGCUGCUACUGUUUAUAACAGAAUCUGUUAUUCCCAAAGGAGCUGAGAAUGGCCGCUUACCCGGUUCAAGGGUGGACGGUGGUUGGAUCCUGUCGCAAAGACUCUGGGACUGACCAGAGCACCGCCACCUUCCUGUUAGCUCUAUUCCUGGCUGCCAUGGAGCAACAUGGGUCCCUGUCAGACCUGGUUUGAAUUUCAGCCAAUCCAUGGUGGCCUGGAGGUGGGCAUUCAGGAGCCGACCUUGGAGCGGUAGUUUUCAGUCCGGUCUGCUCCUGGACCAUAUAAACUGGCCAGCACUGCUCUCCCAAAGGAGCUGAGAAUAUUCUUGGUCUACAGUAGCUAACCAAGCUAGGCCUGAAACUGAGAGGCACCUGGUUUAAGCACUGGAGUCUCUGUCACUGCUAAGGAAAAUACAUCCUAGGGCUGUGCUAAAUAACCGAUAUCACCCACCUUUCCCAAAGUGAAUGAGACACAUUAGAUAAUGUGUUUAUCAGGGCUGAAUUGAGACGGUUGCCAAUUUUGCAGGCUGGGGAGAUGGGCUUUUCAACUGUUUUGGGAGAUGAAGAUGAGAGCCAGUGUGGUGUAGUGGUUAAGAGCGGUGGACUCGUAAUCUGGUUAACCGGGUUUGCUUCCCUGCUCCUCCACAUGCAGCUGUUGGGUGACCUGAGGCUAGUCACACUUCUCUGAAGUCUCUCAGCCUCACUUUCACUCGCAGCCCCAAUUCCUCAUAAAACAAUUCUUUGUGAAAAGGUAACAUUGUUCCAGGAGCAUUGUGAGAGUAAAUUGGCCACUAGCAUCCUGGGAGGACCCGCUGCCAUGAAGCUGAAAGUAGUGGCAAGAAAAGAAAAGAAAAAUCCCUAUUUCACCUCCUUUUUAUGCCCCUGAAUCUCCCCCAUCCCCACAAUUUGAGGAAAAGCUCCUUAUGGGCUCAGUCCUAAUGUUUGGUGAUUUAUAAACGACAUAUAGAUACUGGUUCCAAAACUCUGGAGAAUGGGAAUAUUAUCCAACUGGAGAGUUAGUUAAUACAAGUUAGAUAAUACAUAUUAAAGACUUUCUAUCUCUCUAUCUGGGAUGUUGUUUGUCCCUUAAUGCAGCAGGAAUGUUGAAGAAUUUAUUUAUUUUUUAAAAAAAUGAAAUGGCAAUGCUUAAAACAUUGUUUUGCAGUUUAUGGAAAUCUGUUACCUGAAAAAUUCAAGUAUUUUCACAUUAUUGAUCAGAGAAAGGAAUCGAUAAAGUUAUGUCGGUCAAAUAGACUAGAAAAGAUGCAUAAUUCCUGCAAUUAUGAUGUUACAUAUCAUACACAAUUAAGGCUGCAGUUCUAUGAACAGUUACCUGGGGGAAAUCUUACUGAAUUCAUUGUCCUGUUUCUGAGUAGACAUGAAUAGGGUUGAACUGUGAACAAUGCAAAAAGCAGCGAGCUUAGUGCACAACUUUAUACUCUUUGGAGUCAGUAAUCAUUAGAUUAUAAUAUUAUUUUCAACCAUAAUAAUUGCAGCUAAGUAAUAUUUAAGAAGUGUAGCUUGUUUACUUUGCUGUACUAUGGUAUGUCUUGUUCCCCUUGCCAACGUUUUAUGCUAAAACUACAGUACAGACAGAUGUGGGGUUUAACUUUCUGGUGAUAUUUUAUCAGUCUAGAUUUACUAUCCAAAAGGUGACCUUGGAAUCGCAGCAGAUUAUUAGGGUAACUAUAUGUGUUAAGGUGGUAAUACACUUGUAAUGGUACAUAUAGAUUAAUGAAAUAAUAGAGGUUUAGCAGUAAGAGGGCAUGGGUUACUCACAUCAUUUUCAUAUCUAGAGGGAUCAUGGAGAAUAGUGUGGGUUGUUGAACUGAAUAAAUAGAAUAAUUCUAUAUCAAAUACUAAUAAUCAGGAAAUAAGCUGGCAUUCAUCCGCCCCCAACUUUGCACUUAGAAAAGUUAAGUGAUGUUUCAGAAGUGGAAAGUGAGAAUUUCAGAUUGGCCUUUCAUAGAAAUCACAUUAUUUUAAAGACAUUGGUGGACAAGUCCUUAAUGGAGAUAAAGAAAUUAAAUAUGAAUGUUCUACAUGGUUUUCUCAUUCAGCUUCUAUGGGCGUGCUUGGUCGUUCCUUUGAACUCUGGAUUUUAGGAGAUACUGAAUCUCCUUACUUCUCUGAAAAAGACAUUGCAGUACCCAUGCAUAAGUGUUUCAAAUGUUCGUUUUGAAUUUUAUUUAUUUAUUUUUUAAAAAGCAAUUCCAUUAUAUAACACGAGCAGACAAAUCUCCCAACUGUCGGAUUAUAUGGCUGCCAUUUGAAUGGACAGCAACCCAGCGCAGGUUGAAAUCUCUAGUAUGCUUGGUCACACUCAGGUUUUGCACCAAUCUCAAAAAUAAUUGCUGUGCAAAUUGUGUUAAGUAUCUGCAUAGUGCCUUUGGCUACAGGCCUUUGUUAUUUUACUGACACUCAGCACCUGGCAAGAUCAAACCCUGGGAGAUCUCAUAUAGAGCUCUUUAUAGAAAGGAGAUGGAACUUCCUGUCUUAGUUCAUACAACAUUCCCCGGAAUGGGAAAGGAAAGCAGACCAGAUUAAUAUUUGAGUGUAUGCUACAAGUGUAGUUUAUGAGAAAUAUGUCCGAGAGGCUUCCAAUACAGCUUUAAUCAAGUCUUAGUAAUAGGUAUGUACUGUUCAUAUGGUGGAGGCCUUAGGAACUGAAAUAUUCAUUGGAGCAGAAGGGCUGGUUAGCUCCCCACCCCACAAGCUAAUAACAGACAUUCGAGAAUUAUCUUGUUCUUCCAGAAUACAUGGACCAGUAAACUUAUCGUUAUGCAAAAUGAGGAACUGAAAUAUUGCUGUCUUGUCUAAUUUGUGAAAUGGACACAGGUCCUCACUGAACAACAACAACAAAAAUCCUGAACCCUAGAGUGUUUUAUUGUAGAUAUCAAAUGCUAAAAGUGAAACCAUUUUUUAAGAGCUAGAAAUGCUGUUGCUUUAUACUAUAAAGGGCUGAGAAUAAUUCCGCCACUUAAUCUUAAUAAGAACAUUGUUAUUAUAAUACAUUUGACUGUAAUAGGGUUGUAUAUAAAAACGGAGAAUGUAAAAUUAUUGUAAUUUAAAAUUAUGUUAAGUCUUUUAGAUCAGUUAAGACAUUUACAUUGCUAUUAUGAGACUGUAGAGUCAUUUUUAUAGUAAUUGCUAUUUUCUCCUGUUAAUACAAAUCUCUUGUUUUCUAAGUAUGCGACAGAAGGUGCUUUAUUUCCUACCUUUAUGCAAUCUUUAUUAAAACUACUUUUAAUAUGG